CAUGGAGGCCAGUGGCAUGUCUGCUCUCGAACUGUGAGUGAGUCCGGGAGCAGCACAGUAACCGACAGUGCGCGAGUUGAGUGUCGAGUGCAGUGCCGCAGCGAUAAGUAAGGCGGCGUGCCUGCGCAACAGCUGUGCGCGCGGCACAUGUCAUCUGCCGCAAGAAGGCUGGUGGUGAGGUCUCCGCUCGCAGCCGUCCCCGCUCCGGCGUCCUAGCAUGCCGCCCCCGCCUCCCACGCCCCUGCCGCCUUGGGCGUGGCUCGCACUGGCCGUCCUCGCGGUCGUACAGGCGGGACCGGUGAUGCCACCGCUGGUGUUCGACGACCCAUGGGACGUGACGGGCGGUCGGCCGAGCUACGAGCUGCUGGCCAACGACAGCCGGUCGCAGCAGGCGCUGCUGGCGCCGCGCAACGCCACCCACGACCUGCCGCCCACGCCCUCGCCGGAGGACAUAGAGCGCGAGACGCGCCGCCAGUUCGAGAUGAUGAAGAUCAACUACACGCGGCUGCUGCAAGAGCUGGAGGAGGACAUGCAGAGCGGGCGCAACCUGCCACUACCGCGGCUCGUCGACAAGGCGCUGCGCCUCUUCAACCUGCGACAGGUCGUCCAGGAGGUCGAGACGAGCGUCAUGUCCAAGGUCUCCUGCACCGCCUGCAAGGCAGGUGCCGGACUGUUGCAGCACUAUAUCCGUAUGGGUAAAACGAGAGAUGAUAUCGUGAAGAUCACGAACCAGUUCUGCAUCAGCCUGAAGAUACAGACACCGCGCGUCUGCGAGGGCAUCACGGAGCUGUUUGGGGGUGAGGUGGUGUACGUGCUGCAGAGGGUGCAGCUCACGCCGGAGGAGAUCUGCAGCUUCGUGAUCGGCGAUGCGUGCGGUGACGUGUACAACCCGUACCACGAGUGGAAGGUCGCCUUUCCGCCAGUCCCCAAACCGCCCGUCACGCCUCUCCCCGUUCCCAUCGCUGGUGCAUCAACAUUUAAGGUGCUGCAUUUGUCAGACACUCACUUUGACCCAUACUACCAGGAAGGCACCAAUGCUGACUGCAAUGAACCAUUGUGUUGUCGGCUCACUAAUGGACCUGCACUGAAACCACAAGGUGCUGCAGGACGAUGGGGUGACUACCGAAAGUGUGACACCCCACAUCGCACAGUCGAUAAUAUGCUUCAGCACAUUUCCAGUGCUCAUCCGGACAUUGAUUAUAUACUGUGGACCGGUGAUUUACCUCCUCAUGAUGUUUGGAACCAAACAAGAGAAGAAAAUUUAAUGGUAUUAAAGGAAACUGUCAACCAGUUGUUAAAAACAUUUCCAGGAGUUCCAAUAUUUCCAGCAUUGGGUAAUCAUGAAAGUGCUCCAGUGAAUAGUUUCCCACCACCAUAUGUGCACGAUGAUUUCUCCAUAUCAUGGCUCUAUGAUGAAAUUGACAACCAAUGGCGACAGUGGCUGCCCUCAUCAGUAUCACAUACGGUUCGACGAGGUGCUUUUUACAGUGUGCUAGUACGACCUGGUUUUCGUGUGAUUUCCUUAAAUAUGAACUACUGCAAUAACAAGAAUUGGUGGCUACUACUAAACAGCACUGAUCCUGCAAAAGAGCUGCAAUGGUUCAUUUAUGAGCUACAGAGUGCAGAAUUUAAUGGAGAGAAAGUACAUGUCAUUGGUCAUAUCCCUCCUGGACACAGUGACUGCCUUAAAGUUUGGAGUCGAAAUUAUUAUAAAAUAAUUAAUAGAUAUGAGUCAACAAUAACAGCACAGUUCUUUGGGCACACUCAUUUUGAUGAAUUUGAACUCUUUUACGAUACAAAUGAACCUGGGCGUCCUACGAGUAUUGCAUAUAUAGGACCGUCAGUGACACCAUAUUAUAAUUUGAAUCCUGGAUACAGAAUAUAUUAUGUUGAUGGUGAUCAUCCAAAAACAACAAGGUCAGUCAUUGACCAUGAAACUUGGGUCAUGAACCUGAAGGAAGCUAACCUGUAUGAUUAUCCAAUAUGGUACAAGCUGUAUAGUACCAGGUCAGCAUAUCAAAUGCCAUCACUAACACCACAAGAAUGGGACAACUUUCUCAAUAAGUUGCCAACAGAUGCUGCUUUGUUUGAUCUCUAUUACAAGCAUUAUUGGAAAAACUCACCUGUGAGGCCAUCAUGUGAUCCAGAAUGCAAGAAGCGCAUGGUGUGUGACCUGAAAUCAGGCAGAUCACAUGACCGUCGCAGCUUAUGCCAAGAGCUGGAAAGCCGUAUUGAUUCAACAACAAAAACAGGAUGGCGAGCAUGGCUCUACAAUGGCCUGGCCUUAUCGUACGUCAAUUAUUUGUUAGGUUUCUUCUGGGUGGGGGAUGCAGCAACAUCUGUUUCACCCUGAUUACUGGUGUUCAAAAUAGCAUGGGUUCUGGGAUGCAGCAGGUGGUGGGGGCAUUUUGCCAAUUUUCUAAGUGAUUCUUUCAUUGAAUUGAUUUUAAAUUUACAUCUUAUAACUUGUGAUAAGUGUAACGUAUGACAUAAAGCAUGUAACUGCUUGCUUGCAUCAGUUUGCUUGCUGCAUACACCAAAAAUAAUGUGGGUGGUGGCAUGCAAUUUUCACUUGUACAGCAAAACAGACCAAUGGAUUUAUGUGAAAUAAUGGACUGUAACAUGUAUUACAUAAUUAUUUAUGGCUGUGACUGAAUUAACAUAUUCGUUCUGAUGAUUCAAGAGUAAUAUUACUUUUCUUAGUGGUUAUUAAAAGCACAGUGUUGUUGAUAGCAGAAGAGUGAAGUGCUAGGAUGAGUGCUGAAUUGGCUAAUAAUAGUACAUAAUUAUUGUCACUGAUAGCUUAAUAACUAUUUUAAGUAAUACAAAAUGUUCUAAAUAUAAUGUUUAUGAGUUUUAGAAAACUUGAGUUAUUCUUGUUCCCGGGUUCGAUUGCCGGCGGGGUCAGGGCUUUUUUCUCUGCCUCGUGAUGGCUGGGUGUUUUGUGCUGUCCUUAGGUUAGUUAGGUUUAAGUAGUUCUAAGUUCUAGGGGACUGAUGACCAUAGAUGUUAAGUCCCAUAGUGCUCAGAGCCAUUUGAACCAUUAGUUAUUCUUGUUUAUUUACUGUAGGCUGAAAAAUGUUGUAGUCUGUAGAUUAAUAGCAUCAGGAAGACCUACAUUUUUAUUUUUGGAGUUGAACAGGGGAGACAAAUUGAAUAUUAGCUGAGUGCAUGAAGCUUGAUAUAGUUACAGUCUUCUACUAAUAAGUGACACAUCAAAAACGACCAAGAAUGUAACAAAUAUCUUACACAAGGUCAAUGUGCAUGUCAGUUUUUGUGUACAGAAAAUUAAGAAACAAUUUUAUGCUUAUUUUCUCAUUCAAAUUUUGUUCAUCAAUUCCAUUACACUACUGUAAUGAAGUUACUGGUAGAAAUUUUUUUUGUGUCACUGUUUAUCUGAGAUGCACUAUCAUUGUUCACUCUCAGUUGUGUUUUAGCUGCUCCUAUUCCUCUGCUUGGAAGAGGCCACAAAAUAGUAGUAAUGUGAAAGCACAUAAAAAUUUAUGAACAUGUGUAGCUUGUUAAAUAAUUAUCAGGGUAUGCUGUAUGUUAGUUGCUAAAUGAGACUGUGACUUGAAACAACUUUAUUUCAUUCCUACAUUGUUUUGAAACAUGGCUGGUAUCACUAA